GUGUUGGGAAUAAAGUAUUGCUAUCUCAUAACUUCAAGAAAAUAAAUUUGUGGAAGUGGUAGAUCAAGUUGUUGGAUUUUUAGCGCUUGAACAAUGGUCGCUGCCAGAUCGAACGGCAUUGUCAGAAAUUACGGUAGUAGAUGCAGAAUUGAAGAAGAAACGACCACGGAAAACUCGGAAGAGGAAACGCGAUGAGGGUAUUGAAGAUGAGAGUGUUGCGGAGGUUCAGGACAUCGCUCCAGUAGCUCUUUCCACCCAAGUUCCUAAACCAAACGAAGGUCUUUCGGGAAAAAUUAUUCCUAUAUCGAAGCUGACAUCGACUUUGACGACGUUGAAGCUUUCUGCAGUGGUGAAACUAUUGAAGAAUAAGACAUCUAGUGUACGCAUUCAUGGUGAUGUGAAUAUAAUUUUGAGUGAAAUUGAGAAGGUUGUGGCGCAACUUGCUGACCUAUUCCGACUUUCUUUGCUUACACUGGAGCGUUUGUUUUCUUGGUGUCAUGUAUCUCCGUUACCGAGUGAUCCUGAUGGUAUUUCGAGAAGUAAGAAAGUUCGGCGUGUCAAGUUGAUGGAGACCAUUGAGCACUGUAUCCUACAUGAGGACAACGAGAGAAAUGCUGGAAGUGAUGCGGAACAUACAGUGUUCGACUUUCUGGUUGAUAUCUGUGAGGUUGUUCCAUGCAUAAGCGUUGCUGUAGCAGUUCUUGAUUGCGUUUCUGUUAUCCGAUCACCGAAUGAAGCACUCAAUAAUAAAAUGGCUCGUCAUGCUCUGGCAUUUUUGAAGAAAGAGUGGACAGAUAAGGAAGGAAAGCCGAUAAAAGGAGCUACUCUUACCGUUGCUGUUAGGAAGUUGCUCAGUCAUUACCUUCAUCUUCGACCCAUAAACAAUCGCCUUUGUGCUAUACAGUGGAUGUUGGCUAAGAAGCUUGCUGAUUUGGUGCCACAUGAUGAAAGGCGGAAAAGUAAGGUUUACGAGCAAGAAUCGGAUGAUCCAGAUCUUAAUGAGCGGGAUACAAAUCAAAUCUUCGCUUGUUUUACUCGUAGCUCGUUCAUGUAUUUGUUAGAAGAGAAAGGUCGACUGGCUGGUAUAACCGAGCAAGUCGUGGAAAUCAUCAAAUCCGUUCAAAUUGGAAAUAGAAACUUUCAGAAUAUCUGUGUACAUGCUAAGGCGAACCGCUCGAAUGUGCUUCUGAAACUUGUUCCGAAUUUCCGUGUUACCAAUGAACAGUGGAUGCGCGCCAUUCAGUCAAAAUUCGUUGAUAUCAAUUGCCAAGAUGCAUUUGAAAUUGGUUUGUUAAAGCCACGUGAUAUAAAUGGGGAAGAAAUAGUGUAUUCCGGCGACGAGCAAAAUUUUUCAACUUGUUCGGAAUCUGAUCUUGGAGAAGAUGCUGUUGAGGGUCAAUUGGAUUCCGAUGAUGGCAAUACCAGCGAAGUUUACUAG